AUGUCUGCCAAAGUCCGCACGUCGUCUUUGCUCUGGCGACGAGGCUUGGCUUUCACCUGCUUAUCGAGCGCUGAUCGAGCUGCAGACGAUGAUGACGCUGUCAACUGCUCGAUCGCCGCCCUGGGCCACAGGCCCAGGCAAAGCAGUCACGCAAGUCUCGACUGACAACUCUAUGCGGCGACAUCUUUCCCCGCAUAUCGGACCUCGAAUUUUGGGGCAACCUGUCCAAUCCCGCACGCUUUGUCCUGCAGGACAAGGCUGUCGCUGGCUGCGAUUCAUGCCACCGCAAAUAUUCUCACCGGGCGAAGAGGGCUGACCACGUGGCUCGCCAUGAGGGAUUGCCGAGCUUCGGAAAGCGCAGAUAA